AUGAACGACACAAAGCCCCGACUGAGCUCCAUGGAGGAGACAAUUGCGAAGAUGCUGAUAUGCAAGGUGCAUAUCGGUACGAAGAAUGUUGAGCACAAGAUGCGGCCGUACACAUACAAAGUGACAUCUGAAGGGAUUCAUUUGAUAAACUUGAAGAAGACAUACGAGAAGUUAUUAUUAGCAGCAAGAGUAAUAGUCGCUAUUGAGAACCCGGCAGAUGUUUUAGUUGUAUCUGCUAGACCGUACGGUGCGAGAGCGUCUCUAAAGUUUGCGCAUUAUACAGGGGCACAGGCUGUAGCUUCUCGCUGGGUUGCGGGCAUGCUUACUAAUCAAAUAACACCUAAGUACAGAGAACCGCGACUUAUUAUUGUUACAGAUCCUAGAACAGAUGCGAGAGCUGUUAAAGAAAGCUCCUAUGCUAACGUGCCGGUCAUUGCUCUAUGCGACUCUGAUUCGCCUCUUGAAUACGUCGAUAUUGCUAUACCCUGUAAUAAUAAAGGUAUGGAGUCAAUAGCAUUGAUGUACUGGUUGUUAGCUCGGGAAGUAUUAUAUUUGCGAGGCGAGUUGAGCAGAGGACAGCCCUGGGACGUAAUGGUCGAUCUCUUCUUGUGGAGAGACCCCGAAGAAAUAGAAAAAAGAGAAAAAAUCGAAGACAGAGAUGCAGCGCCUCACCAGCAGCAGGAGACAUCACAGUGGGGUGCAGCAGCAGGAGACUGGGGGGUUAAGGGGACAGCAGAAUGGAUAGCACCUCCUGCUGCAGGCGACUGGAAUGAUGCUGCUGCUGCUGCAGCAGAUUGGGGUGCAGCACAGCCAGCAGCAGCAGGAGCAGCAGCAGCAGCAGCAGCUACCAAGUGGUAG